UCGGCCGCGUCGAGUUCCGAAUGCGUCACUCUGCGCCAGGUACGCUCGACAGAACAAUGCUCGCAGCCUGCGCUGCUGCUCCACCAUGGGCACGAGACAACUGACAGGCUACGUCCAGGCGUCGCAAAGUAUAUUCCCAAUUCAUCCACAGCCACCUGAAGCCGGAGCUGGCUCGCUUUGGUUGCCGGGUGCGCGCUGAAUACGGAAUCGGCCGGUUUGACGGUUCCACGGCAGAGGCUGUCUCCAGACGUCCCACCGCCCAUGCACCUUCACGCGACUCCGAGUCUGGCGGCCGAGGUCCCAGGCUUCUCCCAGGAGCAAUUGGACAGGCUAGCCCGCAGCGUCGAGGCCAGGCGGCAGCAGCUCGAGGAGGACAUCAACGCCUACAUACAGCGCAAGCAGGACGAGCUGCGCCAGUAUGAGACCGAGCUUGUAGAGCAGCACCGUUCCAUGGAGCGCGACGAGGACCCGGGGGCUGCUUCAAGACGCUCCAGCGCGGCGUCGGAGAGAACUGAAGAUAGCGCCGAGCAGCCCGAGCAGCCCGAGCAAUCGCAGCAACCAGCGCAGUCGCAAGCAUCGCGCGAGGAGCAGAAGAAGCAGAAGAAGCACGGCCGCGUGCACAAGCGCGAGAAGGAGCUGUAUGGCCUAGUCACGCCUGUGUUUCUGCCGCUGCUCGACGCGCGCGAGUCGACGUCGCCCACCAAGAAAGAGAGGAAGCCCGCAAAGCAAGAGAAGCCCACAGACGCCAGCAGCGCGCCCGCCGCCGAGCAGUCGACGCGCGCGAGAGAGGCGGAGAGCGGCAGAGAGGGCCGCACGUCGCAGAAAGAGAACAAGGACACGGGCAGCGACAUGGCCGGGGAGACAGCGGUGAAAGAGAGGUCCGCUUCCGACCCAGUCAAGAAGUCGCGGCGCUCCUCAAUCAAGAAGAAAUCCGCCCUCCGCCACAGCAGCACGCCGCGAAACCGCAAGCGAGUCAGCCUCGUCAUCGACGACCAAGUCGUGCUCCCCUCGGACAUGAUCCAAGAGCCCGCCCUCACCUCGCCCAGCAGCGACACCACGAGCGCCACAAACUCCAGCGCCAGUCUCGACGAAAUGAUCGACCCCCGACUUACCUCCCCCGACGCGCCCGUCUACAUCGAACACCACGAGGCCGUGCACCACAGUCUGCCGCUCACGGUGAGCCAGCCCAAGCCAUUGCCUGUGAAAGCCUCGGCCCCGUCGUUCUCGAAUCCAGCGCCCGUGGUGGCGGAAGCUGCGCAUGCCCCGCCCACAUCACCGGGUAUUCGUUCGCCGACGAUGGCCUACGCGCCCCCCUCGUACGCGACACGCUCGUUCCUCGACCCCCCUCCAGAGUGCAUGCACAUCGAAGACAUCCCCGCCACCGCAGGCCCCGACCCCAUACACCCCGACGAAAAAGAUCCCGAAGACCAGCAACUCCCCUCAGUGGAAGCCACGGAAGAGAACUUCUCAACGUAUGUGGGCGGAAUUUCAGGGAGGGGUGUGGAUGACGUGAAUCAAGUCGGCAGCGUCGGAUAUCCGAGCAGUCUGGGCGCGAGCUAUCUGGAGAGUUAUAUGCAGGGACGGCCGCUGAGUGUGAGGAUGGCGGCUGCGGAGAGGGAGGGGAAUGAGGGGGAAAUAAGACGACUCAGAAGUAUGGAAGCACGACGGAAGAAGAGAGAGAAUGAUGAGCGGAAAGAAAAGGAGAAGAUUGAUGAAGACGACUGGGAUGCAGGCGUUGGGAGAGGGGGGGCCGGGGAUGACGAUGGUUUUAUGGGGAGUAUGGACGACUUCUGAGGAGAUGCAUCACGGACACGACCCGUGAAGAAGUCUCGGAUAGGCACGAUUUGGAUACUUGUAUUGCUUGCGCGCAAGCGUUUUGUAUACUGAGGCGUUCAGGCGACGCACGAUUAGAUCUUGGUCGGCUACGGCUAUGAAUGGCGACAAGACGGCUACGGCUCUGUAUAUAGUAGGGACUGUAUGUACGGGCGGUGUACUGAGCGAGCAUACGUUUGACGCAUCUGUAGUACUGGGCCUCAAACCUCAGGCUUCUGACCAUCAGGGACGUAAACACUUAAUCAUAAGUUUGCAG